AUGCGACUCGCCGAGGCGGAGAUGCGGGCGUUGUCAAAGCAGCAGCGCCUUCUUGAGCGCUUCGCCGCACAGUCUACCGCGGAGCGCCGCACUUCUGCCGCUGAAAGACGACACUGUGCUUUGAACCGCCGUGAGGAGCUUCUCCAGCAGUUGCGGCUGCUCCGAAACGGUGAUGCAUCGUCGCUGUCGCCUGCCGACCGCGCGAGGCAGUGGUCUGCGAUAUACAGUGAGCUAGCACAGCGCCGUGAGAAGCUCUCACACAUCUUGUCCUGCCCUUCCACCGCGGUGCAGCGGGCAAAUGUUGCUGACGCAGCAGACUCCUGGGCGCCCUUUGCCGCUGCCACCCGUCACUUCAUCGCGUCGCUGGCGAAAGCGGAACAGCCGGACGCACCGGUGUCGCCCUCCCGCGCGCUCAACACCCAGCUGGAGCAGGUCGCCAAGAUGCAGCUGCAGGCCACUUCACUCCUAAGCCGCGAACGCCUCGCCGCGCGCUUGCUGCGGGAGGACAUGACGGACCUCUUUAAAGACCAAGCGAAGCUGCUGGCGUGGUGCAACGAGCAGCGGGGUGCGAUGGAAGGUCUGGUAACGCUGGAGGACAUGCGGGAGUUCUGCAACUCCUUUGUCUCGAAUGUGGCGGUGAUGGACACCAACUUCCUCGUUCUUUUGGAGCGGAGCGAGCUGCUGGGGUCGAAUCGUACCGUUCGAGAGGCGCUGGUGGAGGUGAACAACGCGUGGAUGGAGCUCGCCGUCGCCACGUACCGCAAGAUGCGCCAGAUGCUGCGCGAUGAACACACCGCCUCCGGUUUGGAAGCGACGUGCAAGUGGUGGCUAGAGACAUUUGAUACGCGCCUCACGCAGAUCCUCACAGAGGCACGCGCGAUCUCCAGCCACCCAGAAAUGGCGGCGGAACCGCUCAUGCAGGGCCUCCACGAGCGCAGCGCGGCGUUGCUGAAGGAACUCGGCCGGCCUCGCACUCUUCUGCAGCACAUAUCCGACUUCACGGUGCGGGAGGACUGCGUCGCACCACACGAGGGGGGACUAGAAGGUGCGGUGCUCACGCGCCUCUCCGUCUUGACACAGACGUUUGUGGGUGACGUGAGGUACGAUGGCCGGAGGGAGUAUAUGGACCGUCUGCGGGAAGUGGGGGACUGGCUGAACGCCCACACAACAGGCAGCGGCUACACACAAUUAAUGAAGCGCGUGAAACAGUUGCGGUAUUUAGCGGAGGAGCAGCUGCGUGCGUUGCCUGACGGCGACCGUGUGGUGCCGGUUCAUUCCUAG